CAAACAUCCUCGGUCUUCCACAAUCACAACACUUCACUCCCUUCGCCACAUAUCCAACAUGUCUCAAUUCCUGGCUUACCUCCCCCAAUUCGAGGGCGUCCUGCCCAAAUGGCUGGUCUUCGUCUCCGUGGUCUCCGCCCUGAACAGCCUCCAAGCCUACAUCUCCCCGGCCUAUACCUCUCAACUCUACAGUAAUGGCCAGGUACCUGCGAGUCCGCUCUCCGGCCGCGUCUUUGGAACUUGGACUUUCCUUUCCGCUGUUAUUCGCAUGACCGCUGCUUACAACAUCACCAACCCUGUCGCGUACGAUCUCGCCUUGUGGACUUACGGAAUUGCCCUGACGCACUUUGUUGGCGAGCUGGUGUUUGGAAAUGCCACUCUCAAGGGCCGUUUCAUCAGUCCCUUGAUCGUGGCUUCGUCGUCGCUUGCUUGGAUGUUGACGCAGCGUGAGGCCUACCUUGCUUAAAUGCUUUGUAAUUGUAUUGGAGAGGAAAUGGGAAAUGGUGGGAGUGAG